AUGCGUAGUGCAAACAACAAAACAUUAGAGCUUGUCAUGUUUAUGAUUUUAUGGUGUUAUUGGAGUGCUCAACACAUCAUUAAACACGAUUUUCAAGCACCAGUUAAUUUGUUGACCCCCUAUCGGGAUGCGAAACGAGACAAAGCAGCGGUAAAAAACACGGCAAGUACUUUAAAGGAAGAAAAAAAAUUUUUAUUGAUAACCAAAUUUUUGUUCUGCCUCAUAAACAAAAGCAAUGUAGCCUGCGGUCCUAUAAAAAGGCAUAUAGUGGAACAGAAAUUUGAGUAUCGAAUGAGAAUAUAA